AUCACUACUACUACCAUUCUAGCAUGGAUUUUUUCACUUAACUCCAUUAACAUCAAUCUACAGUCAUGGCUACUCUAAGUCUGCUUUCGGCUUUGGUUCUUGUUUUCCUUGUCUUAGGCAUAACUAAUGGUCAAGGUCUGAAAUUAGGUUUCUACCAUAAGACAUGUCCAAAUGCUGAGGCUAUUAUUCAGGAGACGACUGCUUCAUACGUUUCUUUUAAUCCUACACUCCCUGCCGCAUUAUUGAGAAUGCAUUUCCAUGAUUGUUUCGUCAGGGGUUGUGAUGGCUCAGUGCUAAUAAAUUCUACAAGCACACAUCAAACAGAGAAAGCUGCAGCUCCUAAUUUAUCCCUUAGAGGUUUCAACGUUAUUGAUGCUGCAAAGGCUGCAGUCGAAAAAGUGUGCCCUGGAGUUUUUUCAUGUGCAGACAUUCUAUCAUUGGUUGCAAGAGAUUCAGUAGCUAUGAUUAGAGGACCAUGGUGGAAUGUACCCACUGGACGAAGAGAUGGUAGAGUUUCCAUCAUGACAGAUGCUUUUACACUACCAGAACCAUUCUUCAAUGCUACUCAAUUGAUAGCAUCGUUUGCAUCUAAGGGGUUGAGUGCAAAAGACCUUGUUGUCUUAUCAGGUGCGCACACAAUUGGCAUUGCCGCUUGCACCUCAUUUACAACAAGAUUGUUCAACUUCACUGGCAAAGGAGAUUCAGACCCAACAUUGGACAGCGAGUAUGUACCACGACUAAAGAGCAAGUGCAAGCCAAAUGAUUUAGUGCAUAGAGCAGAGAUGGAUCCAGGAAGUGUUAAAACGUUUGACUCGAGUUACUAUAAGCUUGUUAGUAAGAGAAGAGGAUUGUUUACAUCUGACGCAUCUCUUCUUGACGACCCUGUGACUAAGGCUUAUGUUAAGAGUCAAGCAAGAAACAAUGGACCAACUUUCUUCAAGGAUUUUGCUGUGUCUAUGGAGAAAAUGAACGCCAUUGAAGUUCUUACCGGUACUGAUGGUGAAAUCAGAAAACACUGUGCUCUCAUUAACUAAAUUCUAAAUUGUAGUAUGAUGUAAUCUAAAUUUAUCCUUAACUAAACAAUUAAUACUACAUAUAAUUAUUAAUAUUAUUAAUUAGGCUUCAACGCCAAAUUAAAGUGCAGAAAAUAAAAACAGAUAUUAAGUCAUCUAAUAAUACAUCCAAUUAAUAUGUCCUAAAUAGAUACUAAAAAUUCAAACCCACACAAAUUAUAGCGUCACAGCAAGCAUUAAUUUUUUCCCUUAAUGAUUAAAAUUAGACCUUGGUAAAGUCCUCAUCGGCCUCUAAGUUCUUCAUGGCUUCAGGGUCUAAAGUUAUCUCAACAUCCAUGCUUUUUUCACCAUCUUUUCCUUGGUACAAAUAAACCAUUCCAUCAAACUUGUUGUUUGUUCCACUUCUAACUCUUUCAGGCU